UCCUCCACCAGUCUCAGGCCCCACCUUCUGCCACUCCCAGUCAGUCCUGACAACGGAGGGUGUCUUUCAUUUGCCACCCCUUUCCCCUGGGGUGAGAAGACCUCCCGUAGAAAUAAACGCUUUUUCUCCUUAAACUCUUAUAUCAUCCCCUUCCUCCUCUCUGGGGGUGAGCCUUCUUUACAUUUCCACUUCCACCCCAGAGAGAAUUAGCUCUCUUCUCCACAGCACCCAAGAUGACUGUCAAACUUGACUUUGAGGAGUGUCUAAAGGAUUCCCCCCGAUUCCGGGCUUCCGUUGAGUCUGUGGAAUCUGCUGUAUCAGAAUUGGAAAAUCGUCUGGAGAAGCUCCUCAAGCUCAGUUCUAGCCUACUGGAAAGCGGUCGACAUUAUCUUACUUCUUUUCGAGCCUUCAUCAGUGGCAUCCAGGAACUCUCAAACCUGGGUCCCCCAGAGCCUAUGAUGACUGAGUGCCUGGACAAAUUUACUGAGAGCCUGAGUCACAAAAUCAACUGCCAUGAAGAUCUCUUGAAUGCCACCCAACAGACCCUAAAACAACAGAUCCAGAGUUUUGUGAAGGAGAGUCUCCGUGGUUUCUGGGAAGCCCGAAGAGAAUUUUGGAAAGGAGCAGAAUACCUGGAAGCAGCUCUCAACCACAAUGCUGAAGUCCCUCGUCGACGGGCACACGAGGCAGAAGAAGCAAUGGCUGCACUGAAGAUAGCCAGAGCAGGCUACCAAGGGCGGGCACUGGACUAUGUGCUGCAGAUCAAUGUGAUCCAGGACAAGAGGAAGUUUGACAUCAUGGAGUUUGUACUUCGAUUGGUAGAAGCUCAGGCAAUAUACUUCCAGCUGGGUCAUGAAGAACUGAGUGGGCUAGGAGUCUACCACAAAGAGCUGGGGGCCCAGUUGCACAAGCUUGUCCUGGAGUCUGCACGGGAAAAAAGAGACAUGGAGCAGAGACACGUGUUGCUGAAGGAGCAAGAGCUAAGUGGAGAAGAACCAGAACCAGGCCUAAGGGAAGGACCAGGGGGGUUGGUGAUGGAAGGACACCUCUUUAAAAGGGCCAGUAAUGCCUUCAAGACAUGGAGCAGGCGCUGGUUCACCAUUCAGAAGAACCAGCUGGUUUAUCAAAAGAGAUACAAAGACCCCAUGACUGUGGUUGUGGAUGACCUUCGUCUGUGUACAGUGAAACUCUGCCCUGACUCUGAGAGAAGAUUCUGCUUUGAAGUUGUCUCUCCCACCAAGUCCUGCUUCCUCCAGGCUGACUCAGAGCAGCUUCUACAGCUUUGGGUUAGUGCUGUUCAAAGCAGCAUCGCCACUGCCUUCAGCCAGGCACAGGAGGAAAGAGACUCUCUGGGCCAGGGCCCCUCUCACUCAGCCCCAGGCUUUGCCUCCACCCUGGCUUGUGGAGGAGCAUCCAGAGGGAUAGGCCGAGCAUCUGGUGUGGCAGGACAAGUGGCAGCCCAGGUGCAGAGUGUGGAGGGGAAUGCCCAGUGCUGUGAUUGCCGGGAACCUGCACCAGAAUGGGCGAGCAUCAAUCUUGGCGUGACCCUCUGUAUCCAGUGCUCUGGAAUUCACAGGAGCCUAGGGGUUCAUUUCUCCAAAGUCCGAUCUCUGACCCUUGAUUCCUGGGAGCCUGAACUGGUGAAGCUAAUGUGUGAAUUGGGGAAUGUUGUCAUCAACCAGAUCUAUGAAGCUCGAAUACAGGAUAUGUCUGUGAAGAAACCUGGACCAACCUGUUCCCGGCAGGAGAAGGAGGCAUGGAUUCAUGCCAAAUAUGUGGAGAAGAAAUUUUUGACCAAGCUGCCUGUGGUCAAAGGACGAAAAGUGGGACGAGGCUACCCCCGAGGGCAGCCUCCAUUGCCGCCCCCUAAACCCCAGCUUCAACCCCGACCAGGGAACAUAGGGGCCAAACCAGCACUUCCUUCUGGUGAAUCGGGGUGCUUACACCCAGGAGCCUUGCUAUUCUGGGCUGCUGGGCCAUCCCCAUCUCUUCCCACCAUGGCUGAUGCCCUUGCCCAUGGAGCCGAUGUCAACUGGGUAAAUGGGGCACAAGAAAAUGCAACCCCUCUCAUCCAGGCCACAUCUGCGAACUCCCUACUUGCCUGUGAAUUUCUCCUACAGAAUGGAGCCAGUGUGAACCAGGCAGAUAGCAUGGGGAGGAGCCCCCUCCACCAUGCCACUAUCCUCGGCCAUACUGGCUUGGCUUGUCUGUUCCUGAAGCGGGGGGCAGAUCUGGGAGCUCUGGACUCUGAAGGGAAAGACCCUCUGACCAUUGCCAUGGACACAGCCAAUGCAGAUAUCGUCACUCUGUUACGUUUGGCAAAGAUGAGAGAGGUUGAAGUGGCCCAAGGGCAGGCAGGAGAUGAGACAUAUCUGGACAUUUUCCGAGACUUCUCCCUCAUGGCUUCUGAUGAUCCAGAGAAGCUGAGCCGAAGAAGCCAUGAUCUCCACACCCUCUGAACUGGAGCACUUAGACCCCCAAUCUUCCCUUGGAAUCAUUCACUUAAAAAUGAUUUCUCAGCUACCAAUAUGUCUCCACUGUACUGGUGUAGAGGUGUGGAUUGAGAGAGAGAUAGAAGUGGAGGGGGGGAAAAACCUACAAAAAGCUAAGGGAUUUGGGGCAGAUUUCAGGGACUCUAGGCAUAGCUAGCUCAGGAUGUUUCAGAAGACCCUUAGUUCUGGGGUGAAACAUGUAAGAGUAUUUUUAAAAAAUAAAAGCCUCAUCCUUCCA